AUGGGGCUCAAUAACGCGACUACGCGAGUGAGGUUAAAACUCCAAUAAGCGCCAACAGAUUUUUCUCUCUCAUGCGCAAGCGCAAUUACUUCCAUGCGAAAUGCUCAUACCCCACACUUCCGUAUAGAUUCACCGAACUUUCGAAGCGAAAGAAGGCAUAGCAGACUCUUAAAAUACUUCGAAAAGUCGGUCGAUCGAGAGAGAAAAGACUCAGAAAAUCCUGAACAAUUGAUCAAAUUGACUUUUUUUCCGGUUAUUUCAUCCAUUGGAGUCUUGAUUCAUAAGAGUAGAUCCUCUUCCUUCAAUGCCUUGUCUUCUCAAUACUCCAUUUUAGGAAAUUCUGAGUUAUUUCCAGUUUCAAUCUCUCUUUUUUUCAAAAUUCAAACCUAUAAAUUUGCUCCAGGGUUUUUCGAUCCAAAACCCCCUCUUUCUCUCUCGAUUGCCACUUUCCUGUUAGUGAAUUCGUGAAGACACAUCUGGGAAUCAGAAGCUGCAAUUCAGGACAUAUCUGGAUGGAGUUUGUACUGAAACUCUAACAAGUUCAAGGAAAGAGGGGCGUCCCCUUUGUUUAUUUUUCUGGUAUUAUUUCUAACUGUUGGGGACUAGAGGAUCAUAUUAUCCGGCACGGGGAUGAAUUGUGUCAUCCUAUUGAAGAGGGAGUAGAUGGUUUGUGUGUGAUGACCACCUAUUGAUGUUUCAAAUUGGAUCGCACUACUGAUCACUGACUACUUAGAGCUUGCACCAUAUCAGUUUCUGAGUUAUACUCGGGGCAUGUUGAGUAUUCCCCAUAAAGUUCUGUUUAUUACAACUGUUGCAUAAGUGAACUUGCAGAUUUAAGGGUAUCAUUGUAAGUGCAAAGAAAUCAACUGACAACAUUCCCAUCCUGCACGGCAGACCUACCAGCUUAAUACAGCAGUUCUAUUUGAUUGUAUCAUUGUGAUAAUCUGAGUUUGUCCAUGAAUCUCUGCCGGAUGCUAAUUGAUUGACCAAUUCAUACUCAGUUUCAGUUUAUUGAUCUCAAUUCCAUAUGGAUGCAGAAUCACAUAGUAUUUCCCAGGAGUUGGUGUUCCCAGAGCUUGGCCCAAUGAACAGUGUAGUAGUUCACCAUUCGGACCAGCUGGAGGGACAUUGUGCCAUAUGCUGGAGAGUCAUUUCUCCGGAUAACGAAAUAAAUGAGGGCUCUGAAACAAAUAGCCUGUGCGGGGACUGUAAGUGUAUGCUUCUUGAAGAUAUUGACACAAACAUACGAGAUUCUCAUCAUAGAAGUACAGAUGGGGGCAGAGUCAGAUACAGCAGGAGUUCUGAGUCAAUUGAGGAUCUUUUUUCGCAACAAUUCUCUCAUCUGAUUAAUUUGGUCAGGCAGAAUCAGUACUCUGUCCCCAUUUCUUCCUCGGAACAUGAGGUUCAACUGACUAAUGGUGAUACUGCUACAAGGGUGUUGCAGCGUACAAGCUCUCGAACUACUCCAAGUGGGUCUAGGAGAUGGAGGAGGGUGCUGUCUGACAAUGAAAGUGAAGUCUUUGAUAACUUGGAUUCUGUUUUUGGGGAGAGUGAAUCCAAUGUAAGCUUUAGUGGGUAUGGAGCUUUCCAUACUGAGAGCGAUGCAGUUUCUUUCAGUGCUUAUGGUGGGGAGUCUGAUGCUUCCGUGGAUGGUCAUGGUUUACUGGACAGAGAGAUGUUCCUCCAUCCAGAUGAUGGAAGUGAUAUAGAUAGUGAUACUGAUAUAGACCCAAUGCACGCUGGGCUAAAUCAAUGGAAUUUAGAUGACCCACAAGAUGGUGAAUGGGAAGAAGCUGAUGCUGAGGGAAGCACCGUUGAGACUACAGAAGCAGAAGGUUGGAUCCAGGAUGCUCACAUCAGGAGUCCAACUGAAAAUAAUGCUCCCAUAAACUGGUUUAGAGGGAUUAAUUCACCUGAAAGUAGGGGCUUGAUUCAUUUGAGAUUUCGUGAAAGUAGACACACGUACAUCCCUGACAUCUUCACAAGCUUGGAGGAAUCAGAUGUACGACCCUACUACGUAGGGAAUCCUGGCGACUAUCUUGAUACAAGAGGGUUUGAAGAACUUCUCGAGCAACUUGCAGAGACUGACAGCUUCAGACGAGGGGCACCUCCAGCAUCUGCCAACUUUGUGGAAUGUCUACCCCUCGUCGUCAUAAAUGAGGAACAUGAGAAGCUUGGGAGUCUAGUCUGUGCAGUGUGCAAGGAUUCCAUACUCGUUGGUACUGAAGCUAACCGACUCCCAUGCAUGCACCUGUACCAUCCUUCCUGUAUCUUGCCGUGGUUGAGUGCUAGGAACUCAUGCCCUCUUUGUCGUUAUGAGCUUCCAACUGAUGACAAGGAUUAUGAGGAUGGGAAGCACAACACUGGUAGUGGAGUAGGAAUUCAUGAAAUCCAACCACAGGACCAAGGCAACGAAAGCUCCUCUGAUUUUUCUGAUGAUUCUGAGACAGAUGAACUAAGUGACAUUAGUAAUGGAAGAACAGAGGGGGGAGAAUUGGUUAAUGGAGAAUGUGCUACUGAUACCUCUGGGAGAGAAACUAGAAGAGGAGGGUGGUUUUUCUUUGCCGCGGCUCCAAUUGUCAGCCUUGUUGGUAUUGUUCUUGUUUUGUGGUUCCGGAAUCCUCUUGUGGAGAGAAGAGGGCCAAGAGGACGCCAUGCCUUCCCUGAGCAGGUUCAGCAACAUGUUGGUAGGACCCCUAUGCAUGACCAGAGGGGGAAUAGGAGCAGGAGAUGGUGGCCAUUCUUCUAAUAAGUUGUGAGUAAAGCUUUGUUUGGCCUGGGAUCACUGAUUGCUAAAUGCUUAUGUUUUUUUUUGUGAUGGUGGUUGAGGUAAGUUCUUUGAUUUGCAUUGGCAACGUUCAGAAUGAGAUUUUCUGCUUUUUCUUCGCAUGUAUUAAUAUUUGUGUGGGAGGAAGCUUCAACCGUUUUGGUUCUUAUGGAGGUCACCACUUUGUGUCCCUAGUGUUUCCAUAUCCAUUUUCUCAAGGGUUUGUGCAUAUUUUCUUGAUCAAUGACGCAUCAAAUACUCUCUUAAGAGUAGGACGAAGCUUGGAAAGCAUUGUUGAUGAUAAAUAUUGUUUGAUAAAGGAAAGAAGCAACAUAAAAUGUA